CCCCCGCCGGGCGGGGCCUGGCCCGCCCCCUCCGCCCCGGGCCCGAGCCACGCGAUCUCCCGGGCCGGGGCCACGGCUCGAUGGCGACGUGGAGGCGGGACGGCAGGCUGACCGGCAGCCAGCGGCUGCUGUGCGCCGGGCUGGCGGGGGCGCUCAGCCUCAGCCUCACCGCGCCCCUGGAGCUCGCCACCGUGCUGGCCCAGGUCGGCGUCGCGCAAGGCCACGCCCGGGGGCCGUGGGCCACCUGGCGCCGGGUGUGGCGGGCCGAGGGGCCCCGGGCCCUGUGGAAGGGGAACGCGGUGGCGUGCCUGCGCCUCUUCCCCUGCAGCGCCGUGCAGCUCGCCGCCUACCGCAAGUUUGUUGUGCUGUUCACGGACGACCUGGGCCAUAUUUCCCAGUGGAGCUCCAUCAUGGCCGGGAGUCUCUCAGGCAUGGUUUCCACCAUCGUGACAUACCCUACAGACCUCAUCAAAACCCGGUUGAUUGUGCAGAAUAUGCUGGAACCAUCUUACAGGGGGCUUCUCCAUGCUUUUUCCACUAUUUAUCAACAGGAAGGGCUCCUGGCCCUUUAUCGAGGAGUUUCCCUCACUGUUUUAGGUGCUCUCCCAUUCUCUGUCGGCUCCCUUCUUGUUUACAUGAACCUGGAGAAAAUCUGGAAUGGACCCCGAGAUCGGUUCUCUCUCCUGCAGAACUUUGCCAAUGUGUGUCUGGCUGCUGCCGUGACCCAGACCCUCUCCUUUCCCUUUGACACCGUGAAGAGAAAGAUGCAGGCUCAGAGCCCCUUCCUUCCCCACCGUGGAGGAGUAGAUGUCCAUUUCUCAGGAGCCUCGGACUGCUUCCGGCAGAUAGUGAAGACCCAAGGAGUGCUGGGGCUCUGGAAUGGAUUGACAGCCAACUUGCUGAAGAUAGUUCCAUAUUUUGGAGUUAUGUUUAGCACCUUUGAAUUCUGCAAGAGAAUCUGUCUUUACCAGAAUGGUUACAUUGUGUCUCCUCUGAGCUAUAAAUUGAUGCCAGGGGUGGAUCAGAGUUUGCAGCCCCAGGAAUUGCGGGAAUUAAAGAAGUUCUUCAAAACUGGAAAACUGAAGUCUAAAAAACCAACUCUGUGAAACUGCAUGGAACUGGAAGUGCACUGACUGAAGGCAUGUUGCAAUCACAGAUAAAUGU